UUUCAAGCUCACUCGUUUAUGCUUCGUGCACGUUCUCCGUAUUUCCGACGUACGUUAUCAAAGGACUGGGCAAGAAAAGAAGCUGAGACACUGGUUUUUAAAAAAACAAACAUUUCACCUGAAAUAUUUGAGCUUAUACUAAAGUAUUUAUAUACAAGUGUGGUUGAACUCGAUCUAGAAAGUGGAGAAAAUAUCUUAAGUUUACUUGUUGCUGCAGAUGAACUCGAAAUCCACGAAUUAAUUAAUCAUGCACAAGAUAAUCUGAUUAUAAAAAAGUUAACUUGGAUUCAACAAAAUCUUGUAAAGGUUAUGCAUACCGUUUAUCUUCACGAAUCAUUCAAGAAAUUGAAUGAGCAUUGUCUUAAAACAAUCAGUGAAGAACCUCACAUGAUUUUCAAAUCUGGGGAUUUCUUAACUCUUGAGGAAUCGAUGCUUGUAUCAUUACUCAAACGUGAUGACUUAGCAAUGGAUGAAAUCGAGAUUUGGAAUUCAAUUAUUAGAUGGGGUAUUAGAAAUACCUCAAAUUUGGGCAACCAACCUAUAUCAAAAUGGACACCACAAAAUUUCGAGGCUCUCGAAAAAACACUCCAUCAAUGCAUUCCAUUGAUCCGAUAUAGUGCUAUCUCUAGCA